AUGUUUCAUGAAUAUUUUUCCAGUAUUUGCGAGCGCAUAAGUCCUCGAUUGGCACAUGCCAAUGCUGCCGUAGUACUAUCCACUGUAAAGGUCUUAAUGAAAUUGGUGGAAAUACUUCCAGAAGGUUCAGAAUUCAUCGGUCAAUUAACAAAGAAACUGGCUCCACCAAUGGUUACUCUUUUAUCGGCUGAACCUGAAAUUCAAUAUGUGGCACUACGGAACAUAAACUUGAUUGUUCAAAAGCGCCCGGAUAUUCUCAAGCAAGAAAUGAAAGUGUUUUUCGUCAAAUACAAUGAUCCAAUUUAUGUGAAGAUGGAAAAAUUGGAUAUAAUGAUUAGAUUAGCGCAACCCAGUAAUAUUUCGCAAGUUCUAAGCGAACUUAAAGAAUAUGCAACUGAAGUCGACGUUGAUUUUGUAAGAAAAGCUGUAAGGGCUAUUGGUCGAUGUGCAAUCAAAGUUGAACAAAGCGCGGAACGUUGUGUUUGUACAUUACUUGAUUUGAUACAAACAAAAGUAAAUUAUGUUGUCCAAGAAGCUGUUGUUGUCAUUAAAGAUAUUUUCCGAAAAUAUCCCAAUAAAUAUGAGAGUAUUAUCUCAACAUUAUGUGAGAAUCUCGAUACUUUGGAUGAACCUGAAGCCAGAGCCUCUAUGAUUUGGAUUAUUGGAGAAUAUGCUGAACGAAUUGAUAAUGCUGAUGAAUUGCUGGAAUCUUUCGUAGAAGGCUUUCAUGAUGAAAAUACACAGGUCCAAUUGCAACUCUUAACUGCAGUUGUUAAAUUAUUUUUGAAGCGACCUAGUGAUACACAACAACUCGUACAACGUGUUUUAUCUCUUGCUACUCAAGAUAGCGAUAAUCCUGACUUACGUGAUCGAGGUUAUAUUUACUGGCGCCUUUUAAGUGCUGAUCCAGUUGCGGCUAAAGAGGUGGUUUUAGCCGAAAAACCUUUAAUCUCAGAAGAAACCGAUCUUUUAGAACCUUCUUUAUUGGAUCAGUUAGUUUGUCACAUUGGAUCUCUAGCUUCUGUCUAUCAUAAACCUCCUAGCUCAUUCAUUGAUUCUGCUAAACAUCCAUUGCGUGCUGCAGCUGCUACCAUUAGUGGAGUCGCACCGGUAUCAAGUGACACCAAUAAUCGCGCUGGAUCAACAGCAGAAACUGCUGCUCCAACUGUUAUACCAUCACAGGACACUCUUAUUGCUGAUUUAUUAUCACUUGAUUUGAAUGCUGCAGGAUCUGGACAUCCUGGAUUGGAUGACCUGCUAGGUCUCGGAUCGGAUGGAUUGCUUGGUGAUAUAAGCGGUGCAACUUCACCACCGACUGUUUUGACCCAAUCAUCUGCUCCUUCAUUUGGGAUUGUAAAUGCAGCUCAGCCUUUCGGUCAAUCUGCUCAGCCUUUUGCUUCCGUUAUGCCGCCAACAGCAUCAACAGGACUUCCAGUUAUACCAGCAUCAUCCAAUCCAUUUACGCCUGAAUUUGGUGAUAUCUUUGGCGUAUGUUCCACUGCAUCAUCGGCGAUUGGUAUUCAAUCUGGUUAUAUUGCUCCAAAAGCGAUUUGGUUGGAAGCUAGUCGAGGCAAAGGAACACAAAUUGAAGGAACUUUUGUACGUCGUAGUGGUCGUAUAUAUAUGGAUAUGGUUUUUACCAAUCGAGCCAUGCAAGCGCUUUCUAAUUUCGCGAUUCAAUUCAAUAAAAAUUCAUUUGGUCUGAUUCCAGCUGAACCACUGCAAGUAAAUUCUCCUUUAUAUCCAAAUCAAUCGAACAGUGCUUCAUUAUGCUGCCGUACUGAUGGGCCUGUGCAAAAAAUGGAUCCACUUACCAAUCUUCAAGUGGCUGUCAAAAAUGAUGUUGGUGUUUUUUAUUUUGCUGUUGUCGUUCCACUAAAUAUAUAUUUUGAAGAAAAUGGACAAAUGGAUAAGAGAGAGUUUCUGCAAUUAUGGAAAGAAAUUCCCGAGCAAAACGAACUGCAGUUUUCUCUGAAUAAUACUUUAAAUCUUAGUGCAGAUGAUAUUUGCACGAAGCUACAGCAAAAUAAUGUUUUUACCGUGGCUCGUCGUAAUGUGAAUGGUCAAGAAUUAUUGUAUCACUCAAUAAAAUAUACCAAUCAAAUUUAUGUAUUGUCGGAGCUAAAAAUGCAACAGUCAUCAUCAGUACUUACGUUAUCGCUGAAAUCUCGCCAUGUUGCUGCAAUUUCAAAUCUGAAUGAAAUUUUCCAAACUAUUUUGUCAAACUAA